UGCUGAAAUCUGGAGAAGGCUGAUGUGCCGCGAGCCGACACGGCCGGUGUGGACGAAUGGCAUGGCAGGCUGAGAGCAUCUCCGAACAACUUUCUUUCCAUAAAAUAGCACCCUCUCUUCUCUUCUUCCUAAAGAAAGCUCGUUGCAGCUCCGGCUGAGCUGGCUCUUCGCGUGUUGCAUGCGAGCUUUUGUUGAGAGUUUCAAAAAUUGCCCAAUCAAUUCUCAAGUCAUUCAAAGAGAAUUUACGAAGUGAUUUCCUUCGGAAGAAAGGCUUGUACUCCAAAUAGCAAUGUUGAGUCAGGUGCAGGAGCGGCGAGACGUAGCUCUGGCCGACUUCUACAAGAAGCCCACCACCAAGCGAAAGCACGACGAGCAAGAUGGCUCUGGUGGAGAGCGGUCGCCAUCGUCGUCGACACCCGUUGCCAAGCUACCCAGGCAGGAGAAGGCGACGGGCAUACAGGGCAUAGUGUCGUGGGUGGAGAACUCGUCGCUACCCAGCAAGUCCAUGGUUCUGACGGACAUCGGUAACCACUCGUAUCCGCAAGCGUGCAUGCUACUACUGACAUCACUCAAGGAAUACUUUGACAUUGGGCUGACUGUGUUGCAAGCAUCCGCACCGUCGUCCUCGGGUUCUGCAUCCUCGGCGGCGCCAGCCACAUCACACACCAUCCCUGGACGUGCACGAGUGGACGAACUCAUGGCGUCGUUCAUGAAGCCCCUCACAACUCCCCUCUGCGCAAUGGAGAAGGCCAUCCGACGUUUGCCGCCAUCCGGAGGCGACAUCUCGAUGUUUCAGCACAUUCACCCCAUCCAUGAAGCGCAGUUCAUGACAGCUCUGGUCAAAGUGUUCGACACACCGCUCACACGCUCGUCGGUGGCGGAGGAUGGCGAAGAGAAGAUCAGCCCGGUGGACGCCUCACACUCCGCCGCGGUCGACUGGUGUCUCCUAGACGUCCUGCUUACACCCUUUGCCAACUCGUCGGUCAUGGUGGAGCGCAUCGCCCGCAUUGUCUCAUUGGCCGUAUCAUUACGCUGUGCGCCGCUCGUGUCCAGUCUGGCUCGCUGGAUAUCGUGCUUCGAUCGUCGUCUGUACAAAAUCCCUGCCGCCCCUGCCGCAGCGGCCUCGAGUGCAAGCGGCACGUCCAGCAGCAGCAGCACAGCCGUCGCCACCGCAAACAGCAGUGCUGGCAGUAGCAGUAGCAGUGGUUGUGGUGGUGCCCGUCAGCACGUGUCCGUGUCUGGCGCCGUGGCGGACACGCUCGUCAACGACUUCUGCCUGCUGACGCAGCACGACAUGGAGAAGCUCUCCUGUCUGCCAGAGCUGAGUCUGGACAUGGCGGCUCUGUUCAUUAUGGAGUACCUGCAGCAACACCCGCUGCUGACGAAGGAAGACGACAGCGGCAGCAGUAGCAGUAGCGGCAGCAGCAGCAGCAAGAGAGGGAGUGGCGGGGGUGGUAGCAGGACUGGGAGCCGCAGCGGUAGCAGUGCCAGUUCUGAUGCUUCAACAAAGCCCAAGUCGGAGGCCAAGGUUAACCUUCCACACCACAAUCUAGUGGCGAUGUUUUCAUCCUGGCUGGUGAAAUGGCCGUCACUGUCUCUGUGCAAGAGGCAAACUAACUUGCCCACUGGUGUUCCACUGAGUCGGGAAUGGUCGGUACGGCCUCCAAGCUCAUCAUCCAAGACGUCGUCGUCGUCAGCAGUCCCAGCUAGAAAGCGCGAUGAUCCAAAGAUUCUGUGCCCUCUGCAAGGCUUGAGCUCGCUCUCCGUGUACGGACCGCUCGCCUGCCAGUUUGUCGUCUGCUCCAACACGUCUGCUGCCACUGCUGCCACAGUCACAUCGGGCUCGACAACGGCAGCACAAAGCACAGAGGUGUCGUCGUCAUCAGACUCCAGAACAACACCAGCAGCAGCAGCAUUGAGUUCUGCUUCUGCUAGCAGCAUCGUAGUCACGGCGGCGUCUGCGACCUCCGGCGGUGGCACACAGGCUGGGUACGAGGACAGUCUGGCACAGCUGCACGUGCAACUCCUGCAGGCUGUGUCCGCGCACCAAGACCACACGGUCGCCGCGACAACAGCAGUGGCCGCGUCCGGUAACCAGGCACCAGCAGCAGCAACUCCGCCGUCGUCCAAGCGCAGGAAAUCGUCGUCGACGGCGAGCAAAUCGGGAAAGGGUGACAGAGCGCCGGAGUCAUCGUCAGCAUCAGUAUCGCCAUCGCCUCCGCCGCGACUGUUGACGGCUGGCGGCUUGCUGGACAUAGUGCAGCAGUGUCACGACUUGUGGAAGCUGGCUCUCGAGAAAGGAUUCGAUGUGGACCGUACAGUGUCUGUGGCAGUGGAGCACUUAGCACAACUGCUCCAAGUCAUGAGCACCGCUGGAUUCCUGUCCUUGAAGAAAGAUCAUCUGGAGAGAAUACGUACUAGCCUUCCGUCAAACCGGUUAGUUCCGUCUGGCUGUUCAUGUGUCUGUAUGCUUGUAUGCUUGUAUACACGUGUCGUCACGGGUUUGAAAUCGUGAACGAACUGCCUCUAC